GAUAUAGAUUUUUAUGGCGUCAGGUGAGGGAUUUCUUACGGAGCAUCAGAGGGAAAAGUUAAAAAUAGCCAGUCAAAAUGUUGAAAAUUUGUCCUCUUCUCCAAAAUCCCCUCCAUCUCUGCUUUCCGAAUUCUUAAAAGUCCCCCCUGGUGGCAAGGCACCUGCAGGUGUCCCUGGGAGACAUGUGCGACGAUCUCACUCUGGGAAGUCUGUACGUGUUAAGAAAGAUGGUGGUGGUGGUAAAGGAACUUGGGGGAAACUGCUCGACACCGAUGGUGAAUCCCAUCUUGAUAGGAAUGAUCCUAACUAUGACAGUGGGGAGGAACCAUAUCAGCUUGUUGGGUCAACUGUUUCAGACCCAUUGGAUGAUUAUAAGAAAGCUGUGGUCUCCAUUAUAGAGGAAUACUUCAGCACUGGUGAUGUUGAUUUGGCUGCAUCUGACCUCAGAGAACUCGGCUCAAGUGAGUAUCUCCCUUACUUUAUCAAGCGGCUUGUGUCCAUGGCCAUGGACAGGCAUGACAAGGAGAAGGAAAUGGCUUCAGUUCUGCUUUCAGCCUUGUAUGCGGAUGUCAUUAGCCCAUCCCAGAUUAGGGAUGGUUUCUUCAUGCUUCUUGAAUCUGUUGACGAUCUUGUAGUGGACAUACUGGAUGCAGUUGACAUUCUUGCUUUGUUUCUUGCUCGUGCGGUGGUUGAUGAUAUUCUACCUCCAGCUUUCCUCACAAGAGCAAAGAAAGCACUUGUAGAAUCUUCCAAGGGAUUUCAGGUUAUUCAGACUGCUGAGAAGAGCUAUCUUUCAGCUCCACACCAUGCAGAACUCGUAGAGAGGAAGUGGGGUGGUAGCACUCACAUUACUGUUGAGGAGGUGAAGAAAAAGAUUGCUGAUUUGUUAAAGGAAUAUGUGGAAAGUAAGGAUGCUUUCGAGGCCUGUAGGUGCAUAAGGGAGUUGGGAGUGUCCUUCUUCCAUCAUGAGGUUGUGAAGCGGGCGUUGGUUCUAGCUAUGGAGAAUCAAACCGCAGAACCAUUAAUAUUCAAGCUUUUAAAGGAAACAGCUGAUGAAGGUCUGAUUAGUUCCAGUCAAAUGGCAAAAGGAUUUUCUCGGUUGGCAGAGAGCCUUGAUGAUCUAGCACUUGAUAUUCCAUCGGCAAAAACCUUGUACCAGUCACUACUUCCCAAGGCAAUAACUGAAGGAUGGCUUGAUGCUACAUUUGUUACGUCCAUGGGUGAAGAUGGAGAGGUACAAAAGGAUAAUGAAAAUGUUAGGCGGUAUAAGGAAGAGGCUGUGACCAUAAUUCGUGAAUAUUUUCUCUCAGAUGACAUUCCUGAACUCAUUCGAAGCCUUGAAGAUCUUGGUGCACCAGAGUACAAUCCAAUAUUCUUGAAGAAGCUUAUCACACUUGCAUUGGACCGGAAGAACCGUGAAAAGGAAAUGGCAUCUGUUCUGCUUUCUGCUCUUCACAUUGAGAUCUUUUCAACUGAAGAUAUUGUCAAUGGUUUUGCCAUGCUCUUGGAAUCUGCUGAAGAUACGGCCUUGGACAUUCUGGAUGCUUCAAACGAGCUUGCUCUGUUUCUCGCCAGAGCAGUGAUCGAUGACGUCUUAGCUCCCCUAAAUCUUGAAGAAAUUUCAAGCAAGUUACCAUCUGACUGCAGUGGGACGGAGACUGUGAGAGUGGCUCGAACCUUGGUUGGUGCCCGUCAUGCUGGGGAAAGGCUUCUCAGGUGCUGGGGAGGUGGCACUGGGUGGGCUGUGGAGGAUGCCAAGGAUAAGAUUAUGAAACUCUUGGAGGAAUACGAAAGCGGGGGUGUAGUGAACGAAGCUUGCCAGUGUAUUCGUGAUCUAGGGAUGCCCUUCUUCAACCAUGAGGUAGUGAAGAAGACGCUGAUCAUGGCCAUGGAGAAGAAGAAUGACAGUAUGCUAAAUCUCCUCCAGGAAUGCUUCGGCGAAGGCCUAAUUACAAUCAACCAAAUGACCAAGGGCUACACCCGAAUCAAGGACAGUCUCGACGAUCUAGCUCUUGACAUUCCUAACGCCAGGGAGAAGUUCACUUUCUAUGUGGAACAAGCUCAGAAGAAUGGUUGGCUCUUGCCGUCGUUCGAGUCCUUGACCCCCUUAGACGUUUCACUGACUCAGGCUGCAGCUUCUUGAGGAGAACACACAUAUUUUCGAUUGUUUCUCUCAUCUGCGUUGUUGCCCAUAACCUAUAUUGUACUGUGUUUUCUCUUCUUUUUUUUUUCCCUUUCAAAUGCUGUUGUUGCACACUCUUUUUUAGAGGUGGAUAUAGGUAUGGGGAUGUAAUGGGCUCUUGGUUUUUUUCUUUUUUAAAAAAUCUUCAAGUGGAUCGGUCAUCUUAUGGAGAUUCGUUAAAUCACCUCAACCAAUGUAUAAAGUUGGUUUUUUUUA